GGGUUUUCCUGCGAAAGCCCCUGUCAAAACCCUGUCUCGCAUCCCUACGGGGGUGGGGUGGGGUGCCCCUGCUCCUGUCCGCAGCUCAGAGUGACCCCAUGGCAUUGGGACCAGGUUUACCUGGGACAGCCGGGCCGUGUGGAUGACCCCUUGCUUCCAGCAGGGACUGACAGGAGAGUGAUGGUUAUAUUCUAAAGCAAAGCACCAGACCCUCACUGAUUCCACCUGUAUCAGCUUGAUGCCAAAGAAACAGCCUGCAGGACCCACGGGGCCACGAAGGGAAGUAGAGUCAGCGUGAGGAGGGCGAUAGGAAAGGCUGGGGGCUGUGGUGGGCCGGAGGACAACCGUUUCUCAGAAGGAAUUUGAGCCACGCGUUGCCAGAUAUUCUGAAUUUUUAAGAAAAGCCAAAAAUAGGGAUUUAGUUUUUUUUUUUACAUGGAGUUUCUCAAUUUUUGAAAGCGUCUCUGAGCCAAGCAAAAUAUUUGCUGGAUUUGCGGUGGAACCAGACGCAGGCCCUGAGUCGGUGAGGAGGAGGAGAACUCGUUCCGGUCGCGCUAAUCCUCUGCUCUGAGAGCUGGGUGGCACGGAGUCCUGGGAGCACAGGGACUUGGGCACACUCUCCUCUGUCCCAGGGGGAUGUGAAGGCCCAAGAUGACCCUUUUACCGGGAGACAACUCCGACUACGACUACAGCGCCCUGAGCUGCACCUCGGAAGCCUCCUUUCACCCUGCCUUCUUCCCGCAGGGCCAGUCCAUCAAGGGAGUGUUCUACCGCCGGGCGCAGCGCCUGCGGCCCCAGGACGACCCCCGCCAGGUCAGCCCGCCCGGCGGGGACCGGCGGCGGCAGAUCAUCAUCAAUGUUGGGGGCAUCAAGUACUCGCUGCCCUGGACCACACUGGACGAGUUCCCGCUGACGCGGCUGGGCCAGCUCAAGGCCUGCACCAACUUCGACGACAUCCUCAAUGUGUGCGAUGACUACGAUGUGACCUGCAACGAGUUCUUCUUCGACCGCAACCCGGGGGCCUUCGGCACCAUCCUCACCUUCCUGCGGGCCGGCAAGCUGCGGCUGCUGCGCGAGAUGUGCGCGCUGUCCUUCCAGGAGGAGCUGCUCUACUGGGGCAUCGCCGAGGACCAGCUGGACGGCUGCUGCAAGCGCCGCUACCUGCAGAAGAUCGAGGAGUUCGCCGAGAUGGCGGAGCGCGAGGAGGAGGAGGAGGACCUGCCCUACAGCGACAGCCGCGACAGUGACGGCCUGGCCCCAGCCACCACUGGCCGCCUGGGCCGCUGCAUGCGGAGACUGCGUGACAUGGUAGAGAGGCCGCACUCGGGGCUGCCGGGCAAGGUGUUCGCCUGCCUGUCUGUUCUGUUUGUCACCGUCACUGCGGUCAACCUGUCGGUCAGCACCUUGCCCAGCCUCAGAGAGGAGGAGGAGCAGGGCCAGUGUUCCCAGAUGUGCCACAACGUGUUCAUCGUGGAAUCCGUGUGCGUGGGCUGGUUCUCACUCGAGUUCGUCCUGCGCUUCAUCCAGGCGCCCAGCAAGUUCGCCUUCCUGCGCAGCCCACUCACACUCAUUGACCUGGUGGCCAUUCUGCCCUACUACGUCACACUGUUGGUGGACGGCGCGGCCGCCGCAGGCCGCCGCAAGUCCAGCGCGGGCAACAGCUACCUGGACAAGGUGGGGCUGGUGCUGCGCGUGCUGCGGGCGCUGCGCAUCCUUUACGUGAUGCGCCUGGCGCGCCACUCUCUGGGGCUGCAGACGCUGGGGCUCACAGCGCGCCGCUGCACACGCGAGUUCGGCCUCUUGCUGCUCUUCCUGUGCGUGGCCAUCGCGCUCUUCGCCCCGCUCCUCUACGUCAUCGAGAACGAGAUGGCCGACAGCCCCGAGUUCACCAGCAUCCCCGCCUGCUACUGGUGGGCCGUCAUCACCAUGACCACCGUGGGCUAUGGCGACAUGGUGCCGCGCAGCACGCCGGGCCAGGUGGUGGCGCUCAGUAGCAUCCUCAGUGGGAUCCUCCUCAUGGCUUUCCCAGUCACGUCCAUCUUCCACACCUUCUCGCGCUCCUAUCUGGAGCUCAAGCAGGAGCAGGAGCGGGUGCUGUUCCGCAGGGCGCAGUUCCUGCUCAAGACCAAAUCGCAAGACAGCGACAUCCUCUUCGAAAGUGCCUCCUCCGAUGGCAGAGACCCGCGCUGAGCCCCAGCCACC